AUGUCUACCGUCUUCUCUUCCUUCGUGCGGCCACAAAAGUCCCGCCAAUCCUCAGCCAACCUGGGCACAGCGCCUCCUGGCCCUCCUCCAAUCGACAGCCAUGGCAUCGACGAACCUGACCUUCGUGACCUCAAUACCGCUCUCCAGGCACUCACGGACAUAUUCCCCAACAUCCAGCCCGAGGUCUUUCGAGAGAUGCUCUCUACUUUCAGCCCAGAAAGCAGGCUACAAGUAAUCACCGAGACACUCCUCAAGCAUGGCAACAAGUAUGUGCGAGGAAGAUACCGGAUGCCAGCCGAGCACGAAGAGCAACGAGAGACGGCGCAAAAGUACAGGUACCGCAAGGAAGAUGCACCGAAGGACACACGUGGUAUACCGCUUGCACUCGAGGACAGGUUCAGGUCACGCCGGUACAAGGAAGCCGCCAAGGAGGCCCUCUACCAAGAGUUCAAAGGUUUAAGCCAUUCCACCAUCAAGGCUGUUUUGGCCGAGUACAAUUGGAGCUACACACAUGCGCGACCGACGCUGCUAGUGCUCUCAAGUAAGAGUUGGAGAUCAAGUAUCACGAAUUUCCUCAUGCGACGCAAAGCACCUAACGCAAAUGACCACCCUCUAGUUAUAUGGACGCCUGCCGACUCGAGGCUGAACCGCCCGCCCAUGCCGCUGUUGGUGAAGACAAGGAGCGACGAGCUGAAUCAGGAACUCUACAAUGCCCUCAUUCUGCCCGAACACGAAAAGUAUCGGGACGCGCAGCUGCGACAAGAUUUCGAGUUGGCUAUGAAGUGGAACGAAGAGGAGGCUGAGCAGCAAGGUGAAAUGUACGACUGCGAGUGCUGCUUUAUACCAAACACUCUGCAGCAAAUGUCGACCUGCGAUAUCGAAGGCCACUACAUAUGCUUCCGCUGCAUACGGCAUGCCAUUAAUGCAGCCCUCUACGACCAGGGAUGGGCACGCAAUAUUAAUACCGAGUUCUGUACUUUGAAGUGCAUAGCGCCAAUGACUGGGGGGUCUGACGAGUGCAAAGGUUGCAUUCCGCUUAGUUUUGUCCGCCGGGCCCUGGAGGAGGAACAAGAUGGAAAGGAUAACUUUGCCAAACUCAACGAGCGUUUCGCCGCCGACGCACUGACAAGGUCGCAGCUUCCUCUAGUCCAAUGCCCCUUCUGUCCCUACGCUGAAUUGGACGAUCUCGCCCUUCCAAGCACAAGUCUCUUUUCCAACCUACGCUUCAAGCCUCGACCCAUGAUCGUAGCUUCGAUAGCUUCUAUCCCUUUGCUUGAACUCUUAUGCUUCAAAGCCACACAAGUUAUUCUCUUCGCCCUGCUCCUCUUAUACGGCAUAGCCGCAAUCGUCUUCCGCCUCCCCGUCAUCGCUCCCUUCCAAGCAGCUCUCCGCCGUAUCCACCUCAAGCGCCGGGGUCUCCGCUUCCAAUGCCUAUCACCUACCUGCCAACGCGCCUCAUGUCUCUCCUGUUCGCUCCCCUGGCACGACCCCCACACCUGCUUCUCCUCCCAACUUACUUCGCUCCGCCUCACACUCGAGCGCGCCACAACAGAUGCGGUAAAACGCACCUGUCCGCAAUGCAACCUCGGCUUCGUCAAGUCAGAAGGCUGCAACAAGCUUGUCUGCCUCUGCGGCUACAGCAUGUGCUAUGUUUGUCGCCAGGGCCUCGCAAACGAGGGCUAUCAGCAUUUCUGUGGCCAUUUUCGUGACAGGCCAGGGCAGCUGUGUGGAGAGUGUAACAAGUGCGAUUUGUAUCGUGUUGAGGAUGAGGAGAGGGUUGUCAAGAGGGCGAAGGAGAGGGCGGAGGCUGAGUGGUGGGAGCAGCAGGGUGAGGGUGCAAAGGAGGGGUUACAGAAUGAACUUGGUAAGGACCAGAGUAUUCAGGGUAAGGGGGUGUUGGGAAUGAAGAGGAGUAGUUGGGAGGCUUGGAUUGAGACUGUAUUGGAUUCUAUACUUGUCUGA